GUUGGAGGAGGAUGAAGGGAAGGGAAGGAAAAAAGCAGUUGAAGGGGACAACAGCACGAGGCUGGACCAGCAAGGAGAUGAAGGUGACCAUGAGCUGGAGAAUGAAAACACUCUGAGGGCAGCGACGGCUGCGGCGGAGGCAGCCAAGAUGAGCAUGGCGUUGAUCGAGGAGUGCAACAAGGAGUUCACAGAGCUGCAGAAGCGCAUGGAGAGCCUGGAGCAAGAGCUGGCGCAGAAGAACGAGCUGCUAGCAAGGCAGCAGGAGGAGAUGAUUCAGAAGAACAAUGAACUUGCUAGACUGCGAGACAACAGCUCCUUCCACUUCGCUCGCACCCCGAGCAACAACCAGUCCAGCCCCUCGGCAAAGUCCAGACUUGCUCUCAACACCGCCAUCGAAGUCGCUCUUGUGCUUGUCCCCCUUCUCCCCUCGUCACGAUCCCGUUGCAGGUCAUCCCGUCCUCGGAGCUCAACCUCACUUUCCUGCCAGAGAACCUUCUUGGCACAGGAACGUACUCAGAGGUGUACAAGUCAACAAGGCAGGUGGCAAUCAAGGCGUUCAAGGGAAGGUUCAGCCCGCAGAGAUUCAGAGACUUCAAGCAUGAGGCUGAGAUGCUGCACCUGGUUCAGGGUGUCCCUGGGAUCUGCAGGCUGCAUGGGAUCUGCAUCGACUCGCUCCCCAACCUCUACCUCGUUACCGAAGUCAUCCAGGGAGUCACCCUGGAGAGCUUGCUCGAGCAGUACUCCACCGUCGGCCUACCCUUUCUCCGCUCCCUGCAUAUCUCACGCAAUAUCGCGAGCACGAUGCAGCAGGUGCACAGCAAAGGUCUGAUCCAUCGCGACCUCAAGCCGAGCAACUGCAUCAUCCUCGACACCAGCCCGCCCUCCGUGAAGCUCGUGGACUUCGGGCUGGCCUGCACCGUUCACGGCGAGUACAUGACAGCAGAGGAGCAGGACGGAGCCGGCACGCCAGCCUACCAGGCGCCUGAAGUGCUCAAGAAGGAGGCGUGCGGCCUCCCCUCCGACGUCUACUCGUUCGGCAUCAUCGUGUGGGAGCUGCUCAGUGGUCGGAUCCCCUACGAGGGGAUCAGCCUGGAGGAGAUGAAGUCUGCUGUCAUCGCAGGGAAACGCCUGCCUGUCAGACCCACGUGGAACAGGGACUUGGUGAUGAUGAUGAUUUCCUGUUGGGAACCAGAAGGUCAGCGGAGACCGACGUUCUCUGCUCUCAUAGCAAGGAUCUCAGCGCUGAUCGCUGAAGUUGUCAGUCCCAUGCUGCUCUGGUGGAUGCAACCUGACUUGCUGGCAGGAACGAGCAUCGGGGCGAACGCCGUCAACUGGUCGAGCUUGAUGGAUGCCUUGGUUCCUAUGACGAUCAUGGCAGGACACGUAGGGAGCACAACGAAUGGCGGCGGGGUUUUGGGCAACAUGGAGGAACUGUGAGGAGGAGGCAGGAAGAAAGAUCGAAGAUAUGAACCGUGUGGUUGAUUUGUAAAUAGAUAUUCAUUUGCAGAUUUAA